AUGAAGCUCUUCAUUUUCACCUUGUUCUGCUCUUUGGCCUUAGGCGCCCACAGCCAGAACUGGUUCCUGGAUGCUGGAAGGUUUAUAAAAGAAGCUGGUCAAGAGACCUGGGAUAUGUGGAGAGCCUACUCGGACAUGCGUGAAGCCAAUUUCAAAAAUUCUGAUGAAUACUUCCAUGCUCGGGGGAAUUACGAUGCUGCAAAGAGGGGGCCGGGUGGUGCCUGGGCAGCAGAAAUCCUCAGUGAUGGCCGGGAAUUCCUGCAGGGAGGCUCCAGUGGGAGGGGCGUGGAGGACUCGCUGGCCGACCAGGAGGCCAAUCGCCACGGGAGAAGCGGCGGAGACCCCAACCACUACAGACCGGCCGGUCUGGAUGAGAAAUACUGAACACAAGUGUCCCCUCAAGUGUGGGUUUCUUGUCUCUGUUAGAGGCCCGAAACUGUGGUGCUUAAUACAUUUCACUAUCGACAACCCCAAUCUACCUGUGUGUGUCCUGGCCUGGAUUUAAAUAACCCACCUCCUCCCCAACUCUUCCUGUGCCCCACCCCUCUCUUAAUAAGCCUGGUGACACUAAAUGGCUGAGGUCAGCAACGUGAACAAGAGCAGAGCCUUUCCUCUGGGUGGAACAAACCCACCACGUUGCUUCCGUGAUCAUCAAUGUGGAUGAUCCCAUCAGCAUCAUUACCGACUCAAUUUUUUUUAUUGAAUUUGUUAAGCGCUUACUU